AGAGAGAGAGAGAGAGAGAGAGAGGGAGAGAGAGAGGGAGAGAGGGGAAGAAGGGCCAUGGCGAAUCUGUUCGGAUGGCUCAUGACCUUCUUCUUCCUCGUAUCUCUUCUCUCCAUUAUUGGUUAUCAGCUGAUUUGUUUCGCUGAUCUGGAAUUCGAUUACAUUAACCCUUAUGACUCGGCGGCGCGGAUAAACAUGGCCGUGAUGCCGGAGUUCGUAGUACAAGCCGUUUUCUGUUUGGUCUGUCUAACGACAGGACAUUCUUUUAUGUUCUUCAUGUCUCUCCCAAACUUAUACUAUAAUUUCAGAUUGUACGUGAGGGGAGAGCACUUGGUUGAUGUAACCGAGAUCUUCAAUCAGCUGAGCUGGGAAAAGAAGCAACGACUUAUCAAACUCGGCUAUCUCGUAACCCUUUUAGUUGUUUCUCUAGUUUGGUUGAUUUUGACUGUAGGAAAUGAUAAUUACUGAACCGGCUUUGAUCGCCCUGUUCCAAUUUUGUGGAUAAAGUUGGGAGAUUUAUCCGCUCAGGAAGUGAUGAUGCUGCGAAGUUGGUUAGGACAUUAAGGUAAAGACAAGUGGAAAAAAUGGGAAGUCAAAAGAGGAUCAUGCUCCAUGGCACAUGCAGUCCAAGCAAAUAUUCUAGAGAACUGUUUUAGGUGAAUGGUGAAUUGAAAAGAAACAUGAAAAUUUCUUUUGAAUAGUCAAAAAGUGAAAACAGAAAACAAAAUAGUUAUAUAAACUAAUCGUAAAGCUACUGAUACAAUUGAUUAAUCUAUGUCUAAGUAUAAACUUUUCUGCAGUAAACUUCAGACUAUAUGAAACAAGCAGCCUAAACCUACCAAAAACUGGUAUGAUCGAUAUAGUUAUUUAGGGUCGUACAAAGAUUGGCUGAUAGGAUUGAAUUCUAGUUAUUUUCAUACUUGGA